GGGAGAGGGAUGGGGAGAGGAGAGGAGAGGAGGACUCAUCCCAUCCUGGCGCCUGCUUGGCUGCUGCAGCGUUCCCCUUCCUGUUCUCAGCUUUCGAUUCCUCCCCUCGCUCCCCCUCCUUGACCCCCUUCUUAAAAGGGUGGCCCCAGCGUCUGGGGAGGCCCAGCUGGCAGCAUGGGGGGGCUGCGUGACCUUGGACUGUGCCUGGCUUUGUGCUGUGGUGCCGUGAUUGGAUCUGCAGUGCCUGCCCGGCUCUCCGGCGGCCACUCCCAGUGCCAGGGCCGUGUGGAGCUGCUGCAGGCUGGUGCCUGGGCCUCGGUCUGCGCUGUGGGCUGGGACCUUGCAGCUGCCCGAGUCCUGUGCCGCCAGCUGGGCUGCGGCCGCCCUCGUUCUGUCCCUGUGCCCUGCAGCCCGCCCAUGGCCGAGGGGAACGCGGUGGGUCUGCGUCAGGUGCUGUGCGCAGGGCAGGAGCUGGACUUGGAGCACUGCGAGCUGCAGCCUGGUGAUGCUGCAGACUGUCCCUCCGACCACGUGGCUGCUGUCAACUGCGAGGAGCCCUUCAGGCUACGGCUGGCCAACGGGCCCAAGCGCUGUGCAGGGCGGCUGGAGGUGCAGUGGGCCGGGCGCUGGGGCACGGUGUGCGAUGACGGAUGGAGCAAGGCCAACGCAGCAGUGGUAUGCCAGGAGCUGGGCUGCGGCGAGGCACAGGGCCUGGAUGGGGAAUGGCCGCGUUUCGGGCCUGGUAUUGGGCACAUCUGGCUGGAUGACGUCCGAUGCCGAGGGCAGGAGAGGAGCCUGCAGGACUGCGCACACCGUGUGUGGGGAUACCAUGACUGCACCCACCGCGAGGACAUCGGAGUUGUAUGCCAGGAUCCUUGAGCAUCAUGGCUCUGGCCCCAGUGGCAUCUGGCCCUCCUGCAGCAUCUGCGUGGGGAACCCAAGCCCAAACAGGACUGCAACUCAAGCAGAAUCCUGAGUCUAAACAGGAUCCAAAACCAAACAGAACCCUGAGCCAAAACGGAACUCCAUGCCCAAAUAGGACCCAAAAUACAAACAGGACUCCCCAAACCAGACAAGAUCCAAAAUCAAAAAGGAACCCAGAGCCCCAAACAGAAUCCCAACCCAAAAAGAAUCCUGAGCACAAUCAGGACUCCCUGCCCAAACAGAACUCCAAGCCCAAAGAGGACCCAAAACACAAACAGGACCCCCCAGAUCCAGACAGGGUCCAAAAUCAAAAGAGAUCCAGAGCCCAAACAGCACCCCAAAUCCAAAUGGGACCUAGAGCCCAAACAGCACCCCAAAUCCAGACAGGACCCAAAACAGAUCAGGACACUUAAGUCUAAACAGAACCCAAAACCAAACAGAACCCUGAGCCCAAACAAGACUGAAUCCUGAACAGGACCCUAGGCCCAAACGACCCCGAGCCAGAACAGGAGUCCAACCCAAAUCCAAAUUGGAUCCUGAGCUGAAACAGGACCCUGUGCCCAAAACAGGAACUCAAACCCAAACAGAACACCAAUCAUGGCCAUCUUCGCUCCUCCACCGACUACCAAUGGCAGCAGGCUGUAUCCUCAGCCCCAUCUGCUGUUCUCCUGCCCCAGCGCUAUCCCUUUAAUGACAUCAUUAAAAGCAAGCAGCAUCCUUGA